GAGCCGUCGCAUCUUACGAUGUCUGCUAACAAAAAGCAAACAUUGCCGUCAAACCUGCAAGGCAUAUAUGAUGAAAUAAAGGAUCUCCUGAUCAACACAAAACCCAAGCUCAACGAUUCGAUUACGGAUAGCUCCUCCACAGUCGGUGACCUGUAUCACAUAGCAGCAUUGGCGAAAUCAUUUACGGAUCACCGUCCAAAAUCAACCAAAGCCUGGAAUAAAUGGGCAGACGUACUCGAUCAGGAAGGUGUCAACCUAUGGAACACGUCCGGCUUCUUUCGUCGAGACUCGGAGAACAAUAGCAGUGUUAUCUUUGCCGCUCGUUUGUCCAAAAUUUUCGCGAGAAUUGAUUUCUUUACUGAUCGGGGCGGUGGUUUGGGCGGGGAACAGUGAGAUUAGCAGGGUUUCGCCUCAUGGAGGCUGGUUUGGAGCCAAAACCUAGUUUCGAAGGUCUUUGAGAAAUGCCCCGACCCUACGGGGAUAUUGCGUAUCAUGAUAAACUAACCUAUACCUAUAGCGCUACUUCAUAUGCUUCAAGUCGCAAGUAAGACAGGAGCGACGCUUUCAGAACUGGGAAAGAAUGAUGUAGCAGCCAGCGUCUUGACAUGCGCAGCCAAGGUUGAUAUAUUGACCAUUUCAUUCUGACUUCGUCAUUGGGAAUACCAACUGACCAUCAGCCUGUAAGUUCGAAGACUCGCUGAGAACUAUGAAUACGCAAGAUGUGGUGCAACAGCAGUCUAAGGCACGUGUCACCACCCUCUAUUACUGCAGUAGAAUGGAAGCGGCGUGGAGAGAAAAAAACGAUGGUCUGGCAACGUUUAUGGCAGAUAAGAUUACAGGUUAUCUCCGUGCCUGUUUUGUCACAUCAUAGCCAUCCAUACUGAAAACGUGAUUGCGGCACAGAAAACGACAAACAGCUUGCCCUUUUAUCUCCUCGUGACCGGGAAAUGCUUGCCUCGAAAUUACUCGAAAUCGGAAAAUCAUUCUUGAGAAAUUCCUACCAAAGUAGCACAGGUGUAAGAGACAUCGCGGUCAAAGCGCUUGAUGCUGUUCGUUGGAUGCAGAAGGCGUUCUCCGUGGUUGAGCCAAUGGAUAGCUCGGCCACAGCCGGUAUAGCGGAGUUGAAGAGAUCAAUUCUCAGGAGUCUGGCCCGCGGGUACUUCC